AUGAGCGCUGACUUAGGUGAUAUCAGAAGCGAACUCGACACCGGAAAGACAACACGUGUCCAGGAUCGUGAACGUGAGAGUUAGUGUGGCCAGGGUGAGCAACACCUUGUUCAGCACAUGACAGAAAAAUUAACUUGGCCAGUAACUUGAAGAGGGACAAUGUGCUCACCAGGAAUUUUGUGUUGAUUUACAAUUUGUUAUUUAUUUGUUGUGGAGACGUGAGGACUGAGGUGUGUGUGUGUGUUUGUGUGCGGUGGGCGGCAGAGACACCCGUGGGCUGGCAGGAGCGACGCCUUCACCAUGUCCACCAGCGAGCGUAAGUCCUUCUGCAUCGAGUCGCUACUGUCGCGGGAGGCGGUGGUAGCGGGCGUGGGCGGCGGCGGGCGGAGUACGCUGAGCCCCGCUGACCUCACCUCACACGAGGUCACCUCCCCGCCCCACACGCCGCCCCUCAGCCCGCUCUCCUCGCCACACUCCUCCCCGCUCUCCAUCUCUCCCGCCGUCACCUCCUCAGCCAUGCUCAAUCGCGCCACCUUCCUAGGGGGGGCGUCGGCCCCUCUCAUGCCCUCUCACCUCUACCAGUACCCGGGUAUGGCCUUGCCCCCCGGCCUUCUCCCUGCCCACGCCUUCACGCCCACCAGUUCACCACUGUUGGACGCCCAGGCCUUCAACGCCCUUAAGUCCGGGGCGGCAUCACUUCCGCCCGCCGCCCUGGACUGGUUCGCCCGCGCCGGCCUCAUGUACCCGCGCCUCCCCCCGGAGCUAGCAGGUCAGACACUGUUGUUAUUACAUUAUACUAACCUCCUGUUCUUAAUGGUGACUCAGUCAUAA